GUAAAGACAGGUAAAAAGAGGAAGAAAUUAGCAACAUGUUUCCGCUUAAAACAGUGGCACUCGUCGCAGUUUUUGCUGUUUAUGGGAAACACAGCGAUGCUUCAUCCCCACCCGUGUCAGAGGGAAAUGUCAGGAAACUAAACACAAAUACGGGAAGUCUCGCUGGUGGAACGAUGCUCAGAAUUCAUGGAAAAGGCUUUUCCGGCGAUCAGUUUGCGUUUGAAGACCCAAAUCUGGGUAACGUAGUGACGCUUACAGGAAAUGACGGAGUUACUGUUCCCUGUCAUGUCGUGGAAACGGACACGUCUGACACGAAAAUAUCUUGUGAAGUCGGAGAACCACCAGCUGGCCACGAAAGAGACACAUAUUCACUUUCAAUCAAAGUGAACGGUCAACCUCUUGGUGGAGGCCAUCGCCACACAUACUGCUGGGGGACAUGCAGAUUUUACUUCAGACAUUGGAGAACCCCGUCAAUAUCAGUAAUUGAUAGACAGGCUGGCGAGACAGACAAAAUUUUAAAGAUAACUGGAAGGCUAUACACAGAACAGAUUGGUCGCCUCUCUGACGGUACUGGAGAAAACUUUGAACCAGAGGGAGCCGAAAUUACACGAGUGUAUAUUGGCGGGUACAACUGCGACACUAACGACGAAUUUGGAGAAGUGUACGGUAUAGUGUGGCAAGAAUGGACAGGGUACUUCAUCUGCAGGGCGGAAAUCAGUGCUCCAGGAUCGUACCUAGUUUCAUAUCUGGUAUCGUAUUACGGCCGUUCCAGAAUUGAAAAUGAUCUAGCCAGUUAUGUCGAUGGCAAUGACGUCAUCUAUCAAUACCAAGCUCAUUCAGAUGUUUUAAGCGUUGCGCCAAGGAACGGAAGCAGAGCUGGUGGAACAAUCCUAACGAUAAAAGGAAAAGGUUUCAGCCAUAUUGAAGAGAAUGUUAAAGUAACUGUCGGAGGCGUUCCAUGUAAGGUCCUGACAAGUACUCGGGAUACAAUCAAGUGUAUUACUGGAAGCGUGGACGAAGAGAAAGACAACAGAAAAUUUCAUCCAGGUGGCCGGGGGUUCACAUGUGACACGUGGACAACCAACCAAUGGAUCCCUAACGUGCGAGAUUUUGAUCCGAACUCAACUGACUACAAUACACACAUCCACAGCCACAUCCAUCAAAUGCACACAGAUUUUGCAAACUGUCCAAACGAUCCAACAUUCGUGAAACCGACCUCCAGGUUGGUUGGCCGACUGACCGCAUAUUUUGUGCCUCCAUCCAGUGGAAUGUACAGAUUUGGAACGCUAUCAGAUGACAGCAGUGUUGUCUAUUUCAGUAACACUAGUUCACCCGCGAACAAAAAGGAAAUUGCUUCAGCAGCUUGGUACACAGGGUCCAAUUGGGAGAAGUAUGACACUCAGUGGUCAGAACGUAUGUACCUUGAGAAAGGUCGACAUUACUAUAUCGAGGGCGACUAUUAUGAUGGUGGCGGUGCUUACUUUCUAAAUAUUGGUUUGAAGAAGGAAUCCACAAGUCAUACCGAGAACGAUGUGCCCAUGGCCGUCCAAGAACAGCAGUAUUUGAAAAUAUGGAGCAGUUUGAGCGAUGAGAGACAGACCAUUUCGUAUGAAAACUGGAAAGAUGGCUUCGUUCAACAAGAGGAACAGCUUGUUACGGUCAUGCAAUGUUUACUUGUCAACAACGUUUGUCAACAACCUCCUUCCUUCAUGUUGAGCUACGAUGGCGUUACGACCCAGGCUCUAACUUCAGGCAUCUCUGCUGCAAAUCUAGAAUCUGCUCUGAAUAAUCUUGCUACGAUAAGAAGUGCUGGCUCCGUCGCUGUCACCUUAGAAUCGUCCGACAACCAGAAGAGAAUCUUUAGAGUGAAGUUCAACUUUGCCGAACCUGAGCACACACUAAUGCUGCAAACACAGAGCCAGUAUGUAAACAUUGAAGUCGACAAGGCUGGAAUAAACUCCGGAAGAGGUUUCAGACUCGGUUUUGGUGGAAAACGAACAAGAGUGAUUAAUCCUAACGCAACGAAAGAGGAACUGGAAGGAACUUUCUCUCAACUUUUUAGCACGGAAUGUACAUUCUCGGAAGACACAGAUUCAGCUUACUUCUACCAGGGCUACGAAGGGGAUAAAUCAGGGUAUGAACAAGGAGAUAGAGUUAAGGACGAAACGCCACACUGUGGAAGGCAGGCAUUAAUAAAUCCAAACGCGAUCUACGUUGGGGGUCUGACGGAAAUAAAACCUGGACAAAAAGGGGGCGAAUUUAAUCUGCAAGUCAAUUCAAGGGUUUGCUAUGCAUUCAAAGGCGACUGUGACAAAGUAACAUUGAGAACUUACGUAAAAUAUACAAACAGCGAGGGAAAGUCGACACACGGCAAUCUCUACCACGAGUACCCCUGUUCCACACGCUGGCAAUACGACUGUUUCAACUUGAAUGAACUGGCUGUAGACUCUGAUAUUUGGCAAAAGAGAAUGCCAGGAUCUCAAUUGUUUGUGAAGGAUAUCUACAUUUCUAGAGAUGUGAUGGUUGACGAUGUUUGGAUUGGAAGGUCGCCAGUGAGUGUUACCAAACGUAAAGUCGCUGCUCAACCAAAUGGCCAAUGGAUAAAGAAUUUUAUAAUAGAGAAAUUAUCAGAAACCAAAUUCAGAAUCAAGAUGUAUCCAGGAAAAUGUGGUUUUGAUAUUCCACUGAUCUCUGUACAAGGAAUUCCUCACACGGAUGGCGAGGAUCAAAUCUCCUUCAACGUUUCAGCAAUCGGCGCAACGAUCACUGUGACACGUGAAAGAGCCGCAAGUCCGCCGUUAGGAGGGACGUUUGAUUUGAAAUUUGGAAAUAAAACAGUCCAAGGUAUUCCGCUAAACACAACAGCUCAGGAGAUGAAAGAACUUCUAGAAACGAAUUAUGAUGUAGGCGAACUGCGAGUUCAAAUCUCCAACGGUUAUCCGAAGUGCAGCCACUACAGGUGGAAGUUAGACUGGCUGACAAAGGCAGGGAAACAACCGGAGUUUAAAAUCAAUGCAAGUAAAGUUACUGGUGAAAAUAUCAGGAUCUCGUAUACAACAAGAGAUGGAGGACUGUUUUAUCGCAAGAUACCAGGAGAGUUUCUACGGGUGAUAACUAAAGAACCACAGGUUGUCGUGACAGUAAAUGACUUGGUAGCCAGCUGUUUGGGCAAAGAAUGUUCCUAUCACCAUCUGACAGAGAGAACACCAGUAGUCACCAGCUUCAAUACAACAACUGGCGGAGCUGGUUCCGCGGUCAAAGUUACGGGGACUGGAUUUAGCAACAAUGCGAGUCACGUCACUGUUACCAUGGGUGGUGUCGAAUGCACUGUGCUGUCGAGUAGCGAGACAGAAAUCCAAUUUCUUAUUGGCAAUAAUGUCAAUCCUGGAUCUCAAGAGAUCUCAAUCAGUAUCCACAACAAAGGCUUUGCUCAAUUUGAGAUCGUACAGAACAGGCGACGCCGUAGUGUAUCAAACAUUAUACCCUUCUUAUUUAACAUAUUUAUCGUUCGUGUCGACUCUGUGACCCCGAACACUGGUGGAACGGCGGGUGGUACACGUCUUAGGAUUCAAGGCUUUGGUUUCGGCACAAGUCCAGAUCUUUCGGUUGAGGUCGGUGAAGUGGAAUGUGAGAUUGAAUCCAUUGAUACGACAGUCAUUAUGUGCGAAACUGGGCCCAGGUCUGCAGGACUGGUUGACAUUGUCGUGUUUUCUGGCUGCAAGGAAAUCGGUUGUACAUACACAUUCAACAACGGCUUCACAUACGAUGACUCCGUGCAACCAAGAAUAACCGAGAUUAACCCGGAGAUGGGGCCAACGUACGGUGGUAUAGCGUUGACCAUCACCGGCACUUCGUUCCCUACGGCGGUUGAAGAGGUCACGGUUACCAUGGGAGCAAGACGUUGCGAGGUCACGGCAACAAGCAGCACGCAAGUGACUUGCACCGUGCCGAUGAACCCCCCUGGGAAUGUCAAUGUGGUCGUCGAUACUAAAGUUAAAGGAAGAGCAUCUUUGGAUGGAACCAACGCCGUGUUCACGUCAGUGUUAUAUGUCAGCGGUGUUACACCGAACAGAGGGUCGCUGAACGGUGGCGCUGAGCUCACUAUACAAGGUGGAGGGUUUAGUACAAACAAUACCGAUAACAUGGUCAUGUUGGGAGACGUGAUGUGUGAGGUUACAUCAAGUACGGAGAAUGAAUUGAAAUGCAAAACACCGGUUGGAGGAAGGAUUGUAAAAGUUGACAACUCCGGGUCACAUCCAGAGUUUGGUAUUGGUUAUCAAUGGAGUCCAUCAACAGUAACCGUUCGAGUCGGUGAUAGAGUAAAGUGGAGCUGGGCUGCACCACAUUUGGCUGAUGUGGUGUACGGAGUUCAUCAAACCAAAGAUGGCGACUCUUCCGACUACGAUGGAACUGGUUUUAUCAGCCAGCGCAGUGGUAGUGGCUCGUUCAUGCAUCAGUUCACAACCCCUGGUACUUACUACUUCUCAAGCGGAUUUAUCGACAAAUCACAAUCAUUGGACAUGAAGGGAAUGGUUGUAGUUGAGCAAGCCCAGUCUAGCGUGGUGAAUGUUGAAGUCAAAGUCAACGAGUACACAGCCGCCCACAACUUGUCAGGCGCCCAGCCUGAUCAGUCCCCAGAAAGGUGCAACCAAGACGCGACAAAGACCCAGGAUGGCGUAAACUUUGCCUUCACAUUCUCGACCUGCGUCACCUCCACCGUCACAGCGGUCACACCUGCCUCGGGCGUGAACACAGACAAAAUAACCAUCAAAGGAAGCGGUUUUAGCCGGGUUAAGAACAAAAACACCGUGACAUUCGGUGGUCACGUUUGUAACAUACUGGAAAGCAACGAUACUGUUAUAACUUGUAACCUAGACACUACCAACGAACCAGAACCAUGGAUGAAAAUGCCUGUGUCUGUCGAAGUGAGUGGUAAUGGACGCGCUAUCAUCGCCCCUGGAGUGAACGAAACUACAUUCUUUGAAUUGAUUCCUUCGUUGGUAACAAUAACACCAAGAUUUGGUUCGCAUUUCGGAGGCACAAGGAUCGUUUUAGGUGGGCAGGGAUUUGUCGAAGACAUGAGAGUUAGUUUAGGACAAAGCGGAUGUCGAAUAGACAGUUUAUCAUACACUCAGAUAGACUGCGUUGUGGGGCCAUCUUUCACACAGACUGAAAACGACCAGCGUGUGGUGGAAAUACUCUUAGAAAAAAAUAACGGGAAUUUAAAAGCUGUUUGCAAGGAACCAGGUGCUUGCAGCUAUGUCUACCAAAAUGCCCUAACGCCAGAGAUUACAACUUUCAGUCCAACAACAGUGAGCGCCCCAGAUACGAUACUCACGUUUGACGGUUCAAAAUUAAGCAAUACACCAUCAGACGUCAAGGUUGUCAUCGGCGACGUGCAAUGCGCCGUACAGACUACAUCCAUGAGCCAGAUCACAUGCAAUCUGCCAGGACUGCCCGUGGGCCAGCAUCGCGCGAUGGUACAUAUCGCGGGCGACAAAGGUUAUGCCAAAUUCACAAAUCAAGUAAACGUCACUAGCCAAGAAGCAUUAACAAGUCUAUCGCAUACACAGGGGAGCGUCAACGGAGGACUAUUGCUCACAAUUAAUGGCCAUGGCUUUGAUCCUGAAGGCGAGACCGUAGUGGAAAUCGGUGGUAAACGAUGUGAGAUAACAGAAGUCACAACUUCUGUUAUAAAAUGUCGAACACCUAACCAAGGUGCCCCGGGAUCGUUUUUGGUACAGGUUUCUUCCUCUGGUUUUCCGCUGACACCUCUCAACUCGCAGACAUUUUCCACCUCUACGGCAGCGACUCCUGUGGUCAACACGAUACCAAACGCUGGUCGAUCUGGUAACACCAUCAACAUUCAAGGCACAGGCUUUGCAACGCAACCAUCAGAGAACCACGUCAAGAUUGGUGGUACCCCAUGCAUGGUAACGACCAGCACUGCAACCACCAUCGCUUGCACGCUUUCUGCAAAGCCUGCCGGUAGCUAUCCCGUUACGCUCCACGUCGUUGGUAAAGGUAUGGGAACCACGGGCAUGAACUUCACCUAUCAGUUGAACAUCGACACCGUCACCCCGAAUGAAAGUGGGUUUGGUGGUGGUAGGCUUGUCACCAUUAGCGGUUCUGGAUUUAGUCGUGAGGCCGACGUGACCAUCUGUGGUAAUCCUUGCAAGAUUCCUAAAGGAUAUUUGGUUAAUGAUACAGAAAUCCAGUGCGAAACACCACCGAAAGAGCAAUCAGCCCCUGGAGCCAAUGAUGUUUGCGACGUGGUUGUGACCAACACAGAAAAUAUGUUUAGAAAUACCGAAUCCUCGGGAUAUACCUACAAAGACGCUCUAACCUCCACCAUUACCGGUGUUUCACCAUCACGGGGCGGCACAGGAGGUGGUGUGGUACUUACCAUUACUGGUACUGGCUUUAGCACCACACAGAGCCAGAACAAAGUCACCAUCGACGGUACCAUGUGCUUGGUGACCUCAGCGACAACGACAGAACUCAAGUGUACCACAGGUUCACAUCAUAGAACCAUCAAGACAAAAGUAAGAGUUGACGUUGGUUCAAAUGGUGCUGCUGUUCAGGAAAAUGCUGACUUCUACUAUGUUGAUGUCUGGUCAUCAAAAUACACCUGGGGUGGUCGAGAUCCUCCCAUUGAAGGUGAUUUUAUUGUGAUUAACGAGGGGCAAACCAUGGUCCUUGAUGUGGACACACCUGUUCUGGCUUUCCUGUUGAUCAAAGGAGGAACAUUCAUGUUUGAUGAUGAGAAAGACAUUCACCUUCACAGCAAUUUUAUACUAAUCACCCACGGUGGUUCAUUCAUGGUUGGAUCCGAAGAGGAGCCAUUCAAACACAAGGCAACCAUCACCUUGCAUGGUCACGUGAGAUCGAAAGAGAUUCCCGUGUAUGGCGCGAAAAGCAUCGGCCUGAGGGAAGGAUACCUCGGACUGCAUGGACAACACGUGCCGCACACGUGGACAGUGAUCAUGGAGACCGUAAAUCCCGGAGAUACACAACUGAAGCUGAAACAUGCUGUCACGUGGAAGCCUGGCGAUAAAAUCGUUAUCGCUCCCACCGGGAAAAAUAUCAGAGAACAUGAGGAGGUUAUGGUAGUCGGAGUUACGGACGGGGGGAAGACGAUCAAUGUCUAUCCAGCACUCCAGUAUAGACAUAUUUCAAUCGUCCAAACGUUUGGUGGAAGGGUUAUUGAAACUCGCGCUGAAGUUGGUUUACUCACACGAAACGUUGUUGUUCAAGGAAGUUUACAUGACGAAUGGCAAGGUACAAUCAAAGCUUGCCCGGACGCAUUCCAACCAGGACAGUUCCAAACACAGAAUUGCUUCCAGGGGAAAUUUGGUGAAGAGCCGGAUAGUGAUGGAUUCGGUGUUCAGAUAAUGAUUCACGCUCCGGUGAAAAGCGCUGGUAUGGUGACCGCGCACUUUAAUCACAUUGAAGUGCGCAACGCGGGACAAGCAUUCAGGAUCGGACGCUAUCCAAUCCAUUUCCAUAUCAGCGGUGAUGUCGAUGGUUCUUAUGUGAAAGGCUGUAGUAUUCAUCAUUCAAAUAACCGAGCAGUCACCAUGCAUGGUAUCAACAACCUUCUCGUUGAACGAAAUGUUUUUUACAAUGCAAAAGGCAACGCGUUUUUCAUGGAGGAUGGAAUAGAGACGGGAAAUGUUAUUCAGUACAACCUCGGGAUCUUCGUAAUCUCGUCAACUUCAACUCUAAACGUGGAUGUCACUCCAGCCUCGUAUUGGGUGACAAAUGCGAACAACACUGUCCGUCAUAAUGUUGCUGCAGGUGGAAGCCAUUUUGGUUUCUGGUAUCAAAUGUUCCAACAUCCAGACGGCCCGUCGUUCACUCCAGACGUGUGUCCACGGAACGUGUUCAUGUUAGAGUUCCGCAAUAACACUGCACAUUCGUUUGGAAGAUACGGUUUAUGGAUCUUCCCAAUUUACCAUCCUAAGAAAGGAGGCACGUGUAACUCUAAAAUAGCUGAGCCCGCAGAGUUUAACUCCAUGCUCGCCUAUAACAACAUGCGCGGAGCUGAAGGUGUACAAAUUGGCUCAGUGAGGUUUGUCGACUUCGUCAUGAUGGAUAACGACCUUGCCGGAAUCGAAUAUGUCGACACAAACAGUGAUUCUCCACCGUGGGGCGGGCCGAUGAUCAAGGAUUCCAUGAUCGUAGGUCACAGCCGACUCUCUGAAGGGUUACCGAGAGUGGUCAAAAGUAACAGAAAUUGUACAACAAGUGGACUCAUGUUGCCGAAGACCUCCAAGUUGACCGUAAGCAAUGUGACGAUGGUGAACUUCGACCAAAAAGGGUGUGCCGCUUUUGAGGCAUGCGCACACUGCAUUCCUUUCUGCCCGUUCUGUGGAGGAUGGACUGUGAAAUUUGAGAAGAUGACGUUCAUCAAUUCACCCCAAAUUUCGCGAUUCAAGUGGAAGCAUGAAGUUGUGUUCAAAGAUUUGGACGGAACACUAACAGGUACCGUUGGAGGAAGUGUUGUUCCAACGAAUAAAAACCUUCCCCCGAAUGCAUGCACUGAAAAGGCCGAGCAUAGUUUUGGGGAGGCGAAAGGCAGCAUUUGUGACGAGACCUUAGACUUCAGAAGAUUCGCAUGGAAUCACGCCGCGCCUACAUCGUUGAACCCAAUGAACGUCUUGAUGACGAAUGCACACGGAACCGACUCGUUUCCAUGGAAACCAAAAUCCAUCACUCACAAGGAGGGCUGGAUGACCACGGUUAUCGUCGGAGACGAUUAUACGAUGGCUUUUGCAAAUCAUACUCAUAUUACCAACAUUUCAUACACCGGUUCAUUUUAUGAAUUUGCCCCAACGGAAUAUAUCAGGAUGAAACACGAAUUCACACAAGAACCAGACUUCUUCAUGACGACUGGCGUGAGACAGAAUGUCACCGAUAGAAUACCACAGCCGACCGAUGAUCAUGGUGAUUGGGGAUUCAAUAAUGCCACGAAGACAAUGACCUACCUGGUCAGCGGUAAAGGCGCUGACGUCGACGAAAACAACAAUACUGGGACAAGAGACAUUAAAUUCCAGGUCUAUCGCUGCUUCUUCUUGAACUGUAUCACACCAACGCCACCUCCCCCUGACAAAGUGAACGAGAUCCUCGACCUGAAAUGGUCAGUAGCAGAAGAUUGGAAGAGACCAGAGUCGCCCACGGAGGAAAAAUACGGGGGGUACGACGGAGUGUUACCUAAAGACGGGGAGGAUGUCCACAUUCGGUCGGACUGGCACAUGAUAGCCGAUACCGAUUUCCCUCAGAUUAAUCAACUGAUUAUUCAUGGCGUGUUGGAACUUGAAAACACUCGAGAUUACGUGUUGAAUGCUUCUAUUAUACUAAUCAUGGGCGAGUUCGCCGAGCUCAUUGUUGGCACGGAAGAGAACCCACAUCCGGGGAAUGUACUCAUCACCCUCCAAGGGGACUGGAACUCGCCUGAAAUGCCGAUGAACAGGGGACCCAACCUGGGGUCCAAAGCGAUAGGCGUGUUCGGGAUCCUGGAGUUACACGGUAUGCCGCACGAUGUGUACUGGACCCGACUCUCAAGCACUGCUGAUGCCGGAGCCACGGCUAUACAACUGGACGAUGAGGUGGAGUCGGACUGGAGAGUUGGUGACGAAAUCGUCAUUGCUUCCACAACAUUCGAGGCCCGUCAAGCGGAAGUGGUGAAAAUCUCGGCAAUUUCUGGCAAGACCGUUACCCUCGAGAGAGCUUUGAAAUACAAGCAUAUGGGGGUGGUUCAUUCUCUUCCUGAUGGACGACAGUACAAGCUUGGAGCGGAAGUUGGACUUCUCACGAGGAAUAUAAAAAUCGAGGGUGCGAAUAAUCCAUCCGGGUCGGUUUCCACGCAGGAUUUCGGGUGUCGGGUUUUGGUUGGUCAAACCACGGCUGGUGAUGAAGUUUACACGGGCUGGGCGAAGAUUGAGAAUGUCGAGUUCAAACAUUGCGGUCAAAGAGGCUGGACUGACUUCUAUGAUCCAAGAUUUGCGCUAUCAUUCUUGGACGUUGGAAAGACGAGGAAAAACGAAAGCUAUGUGCGAGGUAAUUCAUUCAACCACAAUCUAAACACGGCUCUGGGUGUCUUCGGAACAAGCGAUCUCAUGAUUGAAAACAACGUCGUCUACUUCACCAUCGAAGCCUCGAUAAAAGUCUGGGGUCAAAGAAAUAUGAUCAUCAACAACUUGGUUGUCUAUAUGGCGUCUUACUCGACGUACAAAGGGCGUCGGGCCGCGUUGGACAUUCACUGGCCAGGGGCGUUUGAAGUCGACUCGGCCACAGACGCUGUCCUCAUUGAUAACGCAGUAGGUGGCAGCGAACGGAUAGGCUACCUUAUCGAUGGUGAACCCUGUGAUACUCCCGGGAACACGCCAACAAAAUGGCGUGGAAACACGGCCCACAGUGCUUUGCACGGUGUGACCAUCUUCUACAAGAGCGGUAUAAAGGGAUGCACAAUGGUGUCUGGUUUCCUGGCCUGGAAGAUCUAUGACUGGGGUCUGUUCUUCUUCACCAAAUCACGGGUGUUGAUUAAGGAUAACGUAUUCGCGGAUAAUGUGAACUCUAUCAAUGGUAUGGUAUACGACCCUCAUGCACUGACUCAUAAAGCAUCUGAUAAGUUUGUCCGCAUUCAUGAUACGGUAAUGAUUGGAAGAACAGCAAGUUGGGACUGCGCUAUUGAUGCUGUUGAACCGGUAACGGCUGUGGUUAACGAAAAGCAACGUGCGUUUAGAACACCCUCAGGUGGCAAUGUUGGCUUAUUGAUGCCCAGUUUCAUGUCCACGUUUGGUAUGGGACCAAUAAAGAGAUGGGACAGUGCCAAAUCAUACACAGCUAUUUACGGCAUAACAAAACUCACAAAUGUUACAUUCGAUUCAUUCGGGACUGCAUGCAAUGGUAAACGCGAUACAGCAAUCAUGCUCAAUCCUGUGGUGGGUGAUAUUACUCAUCCAAUGACCUUGGAGGCAAUAACGAAAUACAAUAUGGACGAUGAAUCAAUGCUGUUCUACACUAUGCCUACUCUUAGAUGGGUCAAUCCUUCAGACUGUGUUGACAUGGAUUGCGACGGACGACGACAGGUUUUAAUCACGGAUAUCGAUGGAAGUUACACGGGAAAGGCCGGAGAUUCGAUGAUAACAAAAGCGGAAUACGAGUGGGGUGGAAACCCGAGUUAUGGCCUAGGUGAUUACAGAAUCCCCAUAGCAGCGCAAACCAACCCGGAUGGAUCUCGUAUCAAUAUCAACAGCUAUCUUCCUAACAAAGGAAUAAUUCGAGGAAAUGAUAAUCAGUGUACAUGGAUGAACAACUGGAAUGCUUACAAAUGUUCCGAUAUGGAUCACCUCAUGACCAUCAUAGAAAGUUUGGAUGCAGAUACGGAAACAAGAAGGCUAUCCCCAGUUGCUAUUUUCGGCGACAGCUACGUGAACUUGUUGAACGGCCCCAUGGAUCACGGAUGGUGUCUUGGUUACACUUGUCAAGAAAGGAUUUCAACAUUCUACGCCAUUGUCGCCUCGCAGAGAAAUUAUUCUCUCUACUUUACGAACACCAAUCCACAAAAAUUACGCCUCCAUCUUUUGGGAGAAAGAGACAAAGUGAUUCGGUAUGCAAUCUUCUACAAGACCACGCAAAGAUUGGACAUCUAUCGUCGAGGCCUUUAUAUCAACCCAACUAAUGCAAAAUUAUCUGGUGAAGAAUUCACGUUAAAACGCAAGGAUCCAAGAUUACCAAACGAUCAGUUUGAACCACAGUUGACCAGCUUCAGUGGAGCAAAUUACUGGGACCGCGAUACAAACUUGUUGUAUGUUAUCGUGCGAGGCUCUGAACCCAUCGACAUACGAACAUCUCCAGUUAUCCAGGUUAAAAUUGGAAUGAAGCCGAUAUCAGUGGAUGAGUUCUUUGAAGAGAAUUUAGUUCAGAACUUAGCGGCGUUACUUGGCAUUGACACAUCCAGGAUUCGCAUCAUGAACGUCGUGGGUGCUGGUGGCGGAGCUAGAAAACGUCGAAGCACAGAUGAGAACAUGGUGAUUGAAUUCGAGAUUGGUGAUCCACCAGCGACAACCAUUGAGUACGAUGAGGGUGAUAUCGCCGAUAACACCACCUCCACCAAUACAACAGUGGAAGGUGUUGCCACAAAUCAAAAUUACACAGGGGUCGCUAAUUCAACAUCGUUCCAGGAAUUGGAACAACUCGCGAGUAAUCUUGUCGAUCAAGUCCAAACAGGAACCUUGUCGGAAUCAUUGAACAUCACAGUGCAAAAUUUUGCAAUGGCAGAACCAGUUCCAGAACCUGUCGAUCAAACCGGAGGAGUUAGAGCUACCAAUGAGUCUGUCGCAAACGUAACAGCUUCGAACGACACGUUGCGUUAUGAUCAGAAGUCACAAGAAACAGAAAACGAUGGUCAAGAAACAGUUUACCAAAUUCCCUCACAACUAUCUGUUGUUGUCCAGCCUGACGGAGCAAACGAGACCGUUCCUUUCUCCGUUCAGCCAAAACUAUGGAUGCUGGAUGCCCAAGGAGAUCAAGUUAACAGCGUUGGCUUUGGAGAAAUUGGUGCCUGGGUUGUAACCGCAAAUAUCAGACCUGGAACGGGCGAUCCUAAAGCAAGCAUCAUUGGUAACAAUACGAUCAAAUUCAGCAAAGGAUGGGCCAACUUUAGCACAUUGAGCAUCUCACAUAACGGGACAUACAUUCUCGAUUUUCACAUUUCAAAGCCCGAUACUGCAAAUUUCCAGGCAUCUUCCCAGCAGUUCGUAGUUAAAGAGAGAGAGUUAUACUUCACUUUCAAAACUCAGCCCGGUAGCGGAACGGAAAUGGCCUCUUUGCCUGUGCAGCCAGAGGUUGAAGUAAGAGACGCUGCGAACGGGGAACUGGUGAAUAACACGGGUUGGAAGAAUCGCACGUGGUACGCAAAUGCUAGUUUAGUCAGCAGCAACGGAGCUGAACUGCAGGGUACAAAAAUGAUCGAAUUUACCGAAGGUGUAGCGAGUUUCACCGAUUUGAACGUAGAUAUUGCCGGAACGAUAUACAAGGUUACUGUGGAAGCCAUGACCGAGCCUUCGUCACGAUAUCACGGCUCCAUUACCAGCGAGACGUUUGAUAUCCAGGAUAGAGUUCUAUAUCUUGCUGUGGUCAGACAACCUGGUGAUUGCAAUGAUACUGUGGCAUGCGGUGUACAGCCUGUUGUUGAAGUUCGUGAUGUCCCUACGAACACUGCCGCUGGAAAUCUUGGCUGGCGAGGACGAACUUGGUAUGCAAGAGUAUCAACAACAAAUGGCAACACACUGAUCGGUGAAACACGGCUACAAAUCCCGACAUCAGGCCAGCUCACUUUCACCGACAUAGGACUGAGUGACGUUGCCUCAGGAGUUAUCCUACGAUUCGCAAUCGAAACCGAACCUGCAUCUUCGUACAGCUCCCUAAACACCACAUCGAACGGAAUUGAAGUAGUACAACGCCAAUUCUACCUGGUGGUGGCCGAAGAAGUCGCCGCGGAUCUAGCUCUUCCGUUUUCAUUAGCUGUAGAAGUUAGAGACGUAGGAACAAGUAAAAAAGCUCUGCCUUGGAAGACUCCGAUGACAUUGACCGUGGCAUUGACUACAAACCCAACCGGGGCCGUCUUCUCGGGAACGCACACUGUAAACGUGACAGACGCCAUUGGAAAUUUCACCGACUUGGAAAUUAAUAAGCUGGGAACGAAUUACACCGUGGAGGUUACUUCGAGUGAUGGUCACAAGGUGAGUCACACAUUCGAUGUGGUAACACCAAACAUUCACGCUCCAGAAUUCACACCAAGCGACGGUCAGUACGAAGCAAGCAUCCCAGAGGACAGUGCGGUCGGCACAAACGUAAGCAGAGUAAACGCCACAGAUAAAGACGAUGGAAUUCGAGGAGAUGUGUACUAUAACAUCACCGGCGGAAACGAAGAGGAUAAAUUUGAGAUCGAUGUCAACUCCGGGCUUGUUCGAACCAAGGCCUUGCUCGAUCGGGAGACCACUGCUAGUUAUGUUCUAACGGUGACGGUAUACGACGGUUCGUUACCCCCAAGGCGACGUUAUACGCAUGGUCAAUUGACUGUGACCAUCGGGGAUAUUAACGAUAAUUCACCAGUAGUUAUCGGACCAUCGUUGGUGGUGAUCCCGGAGAAUUUCACCAUUGGUGAUGUUCUAACCAACAUUACCGCUAGUGACAAAGACGAAGGACAAAAUGCAGAAGUUAUGUUUGCGAUUUUAUCAGGAAACGAUCAAGGACUCUUCACCCUAAAUGAAAACACGGGACAUCUUACAUUAAAUGGAUCAAUCGACUUGGACGCUUUGAGAAGAGAGAACUACACAGUAAUCUUAAAGAUUAUCGCGACAGACAAAGGCCAAACUUCGCUGACAUCGACACCGCUCAACAUAACCAUUACCUUUAUCAAUGUUAAUGAAUUUCACCCGAAGCUUUCGAAGGAAAGCGAAACAGUGAUACUGCUGGAGAAUGCUACCGUAGGAACCGAGAUCUUCCAAGCGAAUGCGAGCGAUGGAGACUAUGGGAAAUUUGGAAAGAUUGUUUAUGAUAUUCUGAAUGGGAACAUUGGUGGAUAUUUCAGUAUCGAUGCGGAUACAGGGGUGAUAUCAAUUGCGAAAGAGCUGGAUCGCGAAGCUACUCCUAAUGGCUUUGUCCUUACCAUCGAAGCAAAAGGAUUCUCUGGUGUUGGUCCAGGAGACACGAUGGUACUUCAUAUUAAUCUCACUGAUGUCAACGAUAACAGUCCAGUGUUUGUUGGUACAAUUAGCCCACAAGGGGUGUCUGAAACAGCAAGUGUUGGCGAUCUCAUUGUCCAAGUCCAGGCAACAGACAGUGACUUAGGUGAAAACGCUGACAUAACUUACAGCAUUACUACGGGAAAUACAGAUGGUCUCUUUGAACUUAACGGGGUAACUGGAGAAAUGAAAGUGAAGAAAUCUUUAGACUUGGAAGGCAGUGAUCCGCCUGGUUCACUCAGCUAUACACUCAGGAUUGAAGCAAGAGAUAACGGAAGCCCGGUCAGAAUGACCACAGUAGAUUGAUACAACAUUACAACAGAGAACGAGUAUACGCCGGAGCUUGAGCGAACCUCUGCAACCAUUGAAAUAAUGGAAAACGUUUCUGUUUCCUCCGAAAUCUACAAGGCCAACGCGACAGAUCAAGACUAUAGUACAGAUGGCCAACUUGAGUUUACCAUAAGCUCCCAGAGCCCUUCGGGGUACUUUUCCAUUAAUUCCCAGACUGGUAAAAUCACCAUAGCUAAGGCAUUGGAUAGAGAAGUCGUAUCCAGCGUCAACCUCACCAUCCAAGCUGCAGAUAAACCAUCAGUUGGAGCCGCAAAAACCUCUACAAUGGAAUUGAAGGUUCGAAUUUCAACAGACGUUAACGACAACAGUCCAGAAUUCACAGGUCAGGUUCCACCACAAGAAAUAUCCGAGGCGUCGUUGGCUGGUGACUUGGUUGUCCAGGUACAGGCAACAGAUGCUGAUUUGGGUGCGAAUGCUGAGAUUCUUUACAGUAUAACCCAAGGUAACUCUGAAGACCUCUUUGAAAUCGACGGGGUAUCCGGUGAAAUCAAAGUAAAACAGAGUUUGGACUUGGAAUCAGGUAACCCACCCAGUCUUAGCUAUACACUGAGAGUUCAAGCAAGUGACAGUGGAACUCCACAGCUGUCUGAUACAAUGGAUGUGCAGAUUUCGAUUAAGUCAGUUAACGAGUUUAAUCCUGAGUUUGCGAAUGCCACACACACCACUUCCGUUUCGGAGAACGCAACAGUUUCUACUGAGGUUUAUGCGGCCAUAGCUACAGAUAAAGAUUAUGGCAGUGAUGGUAAUGUCCAGUAUUCAAUAAUGACCCAAACGCCUGACGAAUACUUCCAAAUUGACGCUAAUUCAGGCAAAAUCACAAUCACCAAAGACUUGGAUCGUGAAACCACUCCUGGUGGGAUAUUCCUCACGAUUAAGGCUACGGAUGUACCAAGCUCAGACGAAGCCAGAUCAACCACAAUGAAUGUUACAAUCCAGAUUUUGGAUUACAACGAUAACAGUCCUAUGUUCACUGUAGUACCAGAACAGGAAAUCUCAGAAAACGCAAACAUUGGAGAUCUUGUAGUCAAGUUGGAAGCGACAGAUGCUGAUGAGGGAACGAACGCAGCUAUCACGUAUAGCAUCAAAUCUGGCAGCUCUCGUUUUAACAUCGAUUCUCAAACUGGAGAAAUAAAGGUCAACCAAUCACUAGACUUGGAAAGUGGAGAUCAUACUGCUGAUUUCAAGUAUCCCUUGACAAUUGAAGCUCGUGAUGGCGGGGUUCCUUCGCUUGCCACGGAUUUAGUUGUGACCAUAGUAAUCAAGGGAGUGAACGAAUUUGAUCCGACUUUUGGCAAAGCAGCAGACGAGAUCUCUGUCCAAGAAAACACGACAACAUCAACCGUGGUUUACACCCCCGGGGCUUCGGAUGGGGACUCAGGCAUUGAUGGUGAACUAAAUUAUACGUUGGUAGACAAGAACGGUGAAAGUUACUUCAGCAUCGACUCCGCCAAUGGCGAGGUGUCGGUCGCAAAACAGUUGGACUACGUAGCAACACCGAAUGGUAUCAAUCUAACCAUCACAGCAACCGAUAAACCAGCUAACCCGAGCGACGCAAAAUCCGCAAGCAUGGAUUUGACGAUAAAUGUUCUAUACGUUGGCAAUACAGCUCCGAUAUUCCCGGCCGAGAGUUUAGACACAACAGUCGCUGAAGAUCGUGAAGUUGGAUCGACUAUUUUGACAAUAGAUAUCACAGAUGCAAAUCCGGGUCCAAACGGAGAGGUUUGGUUCGCUAUUGAUGGUGGAAAUGAUUUGGGCUUCUUCAGAAUCGACAAGAACUCAGGUGAGAUUAGUCUUAACAAAUCCGUGGACUUAGAAACUUCAGGUACUCCGAUUACGCAUACCUUGACAGUCCAAGCAACGGAUCGUGGAACUCCACCACUCUCCUCAACGAAAUCUCUGACUAUCAAUGUCACAAAUGUGAACGAAUUCACACCUCAGUUUACAAAGUCCAGUGAUACGGCCAGUAUUGGUGAAGAGGUGGGAAUUUCAACGUACGUUUACCGACCGACCGCUAGCGACCAGGACUACGGAAAGGAUGGAGAGCUGAUGUAUUUCAUCGACUCUGGGAACGAUGCAGGAUACUUUGAGAUCGAUCCGAAUAACGGAUCCUUGACCACACGGGCCUUACUUGACCGGGAGGCGCAUCCAAAUGGAAUUGAUCUGAUACUCUUAGUCAAAGAUAAAGCCGAAGAUGGUUUCACCAAGAACUCUACGAUGAUGUUGCAUGUUAAUAUCACAGAUUAUAAUGACAAUAUACCUGUCUUUACUGGAACUAUUAACCCACAAGAUGUCUCAGAAACGGCUUCGGUUGGAGACAGGAUUGCUCAAAUACAGGCAACAGACUCUGACUUGGGCAAAAACGCAGAAAUCAAAUACAGCAUAAUCGCUGGGAACUCUUUGGGAUAUUUCGAAAUUGAUCCAGAGUCUGGAGAAAUCAAAGUGAGCAAAUCUCUGGAUUUGGACUCGGACAGUCAAACACAUUCGAAUAACUUGAAGUACAUACUAACGGUUCAGGCUGAAGACAAAGGUACGCCGGCUCAGCGGAAAAACACGACCGUCGAAGUUACGAUUAUUUCGGAGAACGAGUUCACGCCACAGUUUUCAGACUCCAGCGAUAAUGUUGAGGUCAGCGAGAAUGCUGGGAUAUCAGACGAAAUCUAUACAGCAAGUGCAACGGACGAUGAUUACGGGACGGAUGGUCAGAUAUCGUACAGCAUCACCUCAGAAAGCCAUACUGGGUAUUUUACCAUCAAUUCUGGAUCAGGGACGGUCACGGUGGUGAAGACAUUGGAUCGUGAAGCAAUUCCUGAAGGGAUAAACCUGACCAUUCAGGCGGCAGAUCAACCCCAAAUCGGCGCGGCGAAGACAGCCACGAUGGUUCUGUAUGUUGAAAUCACAGACAUUAAUGACGAAGACCCUGUCUUCACCGGAUCGUUUUCAGACCAAGAAGCACCAGAAGAUAGCCCAAAUGGUACCUUAAUUACCCAAGUACAAGCAACAGAUAAAGAUCUCGGUGAUAACGCAAAGAUCUCUUACAGCAUCACUGGUGGAAACUCUCUUGGAUUCUUCGCAAUCAAUUCAGAGUCUGGCAGAAUCACGGUCGCAAAAUCUUUGGACUUAGAAACUGCAUCUCACGCACAAGGUCUAAGCUAUACUUUAACAGUCACUGCCACUGAUUCAGGGCAAACACCAAGAUCUAAUUCAGGAAACUUGAAGAUCACAGUCACCAGUAUCAAUGAAUUCAAACCUGAGUUUCAAAAAGACGUUGAAUACAUAAUAGUACCUCAUAACACUUCAGUAUCCGAUGUGGUAUAUACAGCUCAAGCAACUGACGAGGACUUUGGGUCUGAUGGCCAACUCCAGUACAGCAUGACCUCGACGAACAACAAUGGAUUCUUUACAAUCAACCCGAGUAAUGGGGAAAUAUCUGUCGCAAAAGUGCUGGACUACACAGCGGUACCGAACGGUGUUAACAUCACCAUCACAGCUAGUGAUCAACCAAGCAAUGGGUCGUCUAAAACCGACUCAAUGCAGCUAAAUAUCGAAGUCAAGUACGUCGAUAAUACUGCUCCAGUGUUUUCGCAAUCCUCUCCGAGCUCAGUGAGCGUUCCAGAGAAUUCAACCGUGGACACUCUCGUAGUAGCUGUCGAGGCAACCGACACGGAUCCUGGGCAAAAUGGGGAGGUGAACUACAAGAUUACUGCUGGAAAUGAACGUGGCUUCUUUAAGAUCAGCGAAAACAGCGGUGAAAUAAGAGUGAAUCAAGUUCUAGAUUUGGAAACAAAAUCUCAUGCUCCUGAUGCGACAUAUGCAUUGACGAUUGAAGCCACAGACCGAGGUACCCCACCAUUGUCCGCUACGAAACAACUCAGUGUUCUGGUCACUCCAGUCAACGAGUUCAGGCCAAGUAUAGCGAACACAGUUUUUGCGCAAACGUUGAAAGAAGAUACCGCAGUGAACACUCCAGUUUUGAAAGUGCUUGGUGAAGAUCAGGAUUAUGGAGAUGACGGGAGGUUGACGUACUCAAUAACAGCAGGAAAUGAAGGAAAUCAUUUUAAAAUCAACCAAACAACAGGAAUGAUUUACUUGGACAAAGCAUUAGAUUACAAAACAACAAAGGAAUAUUCGUUGACAAUCCGUGUAGAAGAUAACGCUCCUGCAGGAAGAAAACUUUCAACGGAGAUGAAAAUAACCAUCAAAGUCUCGUUCACUCCCGACGACACAGCCAGCGAUCCUGAAACUCUUAGCAACCUGACGUUAACCUUCGCAGACGCUGACUACGAUUCUCUGGUUCUUGGGAAUAAAGAAAACUUCAUCUUACAGAUAAAGAAAUCGCUUGAAGAGAAAUAUCCAAACGCGAUUUUCAUUCAUUUCAAAGUAUGGAAGGGAAGCAUUAUCGUCUCGGUUGAGAUGAUAACGAAACAGUCUGACGAGAAGAACGUUUUGAACCAAAUAGCGAACGACGUGAACACCCCAGGGGGAUUGCAGCUCAGCGUAAAUGGAACGACGAUAACAACAAAAGAUUUCAAAAAGGAUGGGACGAUAUACACUGCCACCGAUAGUGAUUCUGAUGACAGUUCAGCUGUGUUGCCAGUUGUGAUCGGUUCGGUCGCUGGUGGUCUGCUCUUGAUAGGUGUCGUGGUGGCCAUACUUCUGUCGUGCUAUUCCAAGUACAAGUCGGACAGGAAGGAAGAAUCUCGUAUGUAUUCAAACGCGGGGUAUCGCCCCGGGGAAGAUCCCCCUCCUUCAUACAAGAGUGCAUCCACGGUCGCAUACAGCCACAGGCCACCCAGUCAACCAAGACGCAGUGCAAGGCCCAGUGUCGCAGGAACAGCUCUAACAGGACAGUCGAUAGGAAGCCAUCAUGAUGUUCUUCGUCCAAGCACCGCAUCUUCAAUGCCUCGUUCGGCUUUCAGGGGAACUUCUCCAACGAGCUUUAAACCUCCGUCGCAAAUAAGCGAUAAUUACGAAUCCUUGUUAUCCACCCGGGACCCGGAGAGACCUGAUUCAGCUUAUUCCCAGAAUCGCUACACAUCCAUCAAAAUGCCUUCGUCCCCACGACGACAGUACGACAAUCGACCGAGCUCGAGCGAGAACCGUGAAAGAACGAGUAGUCCACGGAGCACUGGCUACGAGUCGGUUGAGGGAAGAUCUUCGAAGCUCAAUCCAGUCUUUGAUGCAUCUUUGACCACAGCUGUGUCUGCCCGUUCCGGUGUUUAUGGAAGCUCACAAUAUCGCAAGUUCUACGUGAACUUGGUUAUGCCAAACAGCGGGUACAUGUUUAGUCGUCUUGGAGAAGUGAAUGUCAACAUCAACGGAAGUCUGAAGGAACUCCGAGAAAUUUUGGACGCCGAACUUGGAAGCAAGGAUGAACUGAGAAACAAAAGAUACAUCUUCGUGGACAAUGAUUUCGACAACAUUGAACCAAGCCGAGAGGAUCACACUCCAGUUCAAAACGUAUACACAUCCAACAUUAAAGUAAAGGUCGUCUGAAGCCGCUGAAACGUCAGACUAUUACACUUUGCACCAGACAUAAUGGAAACGUGUAUGAAAAACUAAUCAUUGAUGAAGAACUAUAACCUACGGUAUAAAAUCUCAGUAUAACUAAGCUUAUACCUACCUACAAAUGCAUGAACACAUAUCUCAAAGUAUACAAAAAAGCAUCAUUAUUUAUCCAACAUACAAUCUGAACACAGAAAGGCUUGCAUUUGCAAUUGAAUAUAUGAAUGUCAAAGGAAUUGUUGCAUCUUCUCUUAUUGUAGUAACGAAACUGCUGAUAUUUUAAAUUCUUGAAAUUGUGUAAUGGUUUAUAAUCCGUUGAAGCACAAUAAACGUAACCGACAAAUU